AUGUCCCUGUAUGUAUUUUUCAUUCUAUAUGGGUUCCAGGAUAAUUUGGAUUCACAUCGAACGGUGGAAGCUCCGAUCAAAUGUCGAGUAGGUGGAAAUAUAGACACAGAAAGAACUGAGAAUGAAUGUGAUCCAUCCAUUUGGUGCUUUGGAAGAUUUGCUUGCAACAUCAGUAGCAACGGAAUGGUUGUGGGACGUGUAGCUGGAGUAGAGGUUCAAUUCCUAAUUGAUUCCGGCGCGGAUGUGAACACCGUAAGUGGUGACAUAUUCCGGAGCCUAAUGAACAACGUUGAAGCUAGACCUGGUAUGUUGAGUGUUGAAGACGGUACAGACAGGCCACUAAAAGCUUACGCGAUGGAUCAAGAAAUUGAGGUACAUGCAACGUUCGUGGCAGAACUUUUCAUAAGCAAUGAUCGCCCCAGAGCAAUGGAAAAGUUCUAUGUGGUAGAAAACGCACGAGCGUUAUUGGGUCGCAGUACAGCUAUCCGAUACAGCGUUUUGCAAAUUGGUCUCGACGUUCCGAUACAGACUGGGCAACAUUCAAGUUUCCCAGGAGAAAUUCUCUCGCUUUCCACUAACACAGAGUUUCCCAAGUUCAAUGUGGCUCCAGUAAUUCUCAACUAUGACAAAAACAUGGCACCAUCCAGGAGAAUUUUUACCAGUAUUCCGCCAUCGUUCAGAUCCGAGACUGUCCGUCGUUUGAAUGAGUUGUUAGAAUCAGGGAUAAUCGAACGCGUUACCGAGUCCAUGGACAAGUCCUAUUGUUCAUCGUUGCUAGUGGUCCCCAAGGGGAAGCAUGACAUCCGGUUAGUGGUAGAUUUAAGGGGACCAAAUAAGGCAAUUAUUCGUACUCCGUUCAAAAUGCCAACAUUAGAGUCCAUCAUGACGGAUCUUCCUGGACGAAAAUGGUUCUCAACCUUAGACUUGACGAGCGCGUUCUUCCAUGUUGAGCUCGACGAGAAUUCCCGGCAUUUGACGAAUUUUUUUGCCGGAGACGGGAUGUACCGCUUUAAGAGGUUGCCAUUCGGACUAACAAAUGCACCAGACACGUUCCAGGAAAUCAUGGAAACAGUGGUACUGGCAGGUUGUAAGGGCGUUCGCAAUUAUCUUGAUGAUGUCUUGGUAUUUGGAGAUACUAAAGAAGAGCAUGACGAAAAUCUCCGAGCCGUUAUGGAACGACUUCGCGAACACAACGUUAGCAUCAAUGAGGAGAAAUGUAUCUUUGGAGCACAGUCCGUGAAAUUCCUUGGAUUUCAAGUAGGUGAUGAUGGAAUUCGGGUAGAAGAAGAGAAGCUGAAAGCGAUACGGGAAUUCCGUAGACCGGAGACCCAGUUAGAGGUUAAGAGUUUCCUAGGACUGAUGAACUUUGCAGAGAGGUUCAUUCCAGGCAGAGCUGAUAAGACUGAAAAGCUUAGAGAGCUAGCCAAAUCAGAAACAUUCUACUGGGAUGCAGAACUGGAACAGGAAUUUGAAUUCAUGAGAGAAAAGGCACUCACCACUAUUUCGAAAUUAGGAUAUUUCGACAUUCAUGAUGACACGGAACUUUUUGUUGACGCAUCGCCGAUAGGACUAGGCGCUGUUCUGGUCCAGUAUAGUAAAGAAGGAAUACCGCGAAUAAUUUCUUGUGCCUCGAAGGCGUUGACCGACACGGAACGAAGAUAUCCUCAAACCCAGAAAGAGGCGCUCGCCAUAGUUUGGGGUGUCGAAAGAUUCACUUUUUACUUGACCGGAAAAACGUUUGUGAUCCGGACUGACUCCGAAGCGAACGAAUUCAUUUUCGGAGAAGGAUUGAAAACAACUAAACGGGCCGUAUCUAGAGCAGAAUCUUGGGCACUGCGUUUGCAGUCUUAUGACUUUACAAUGAAAAGGGUCCCGGGUCAUCUUAAUGUGGCAGAUGCUUUAUCUCGCCUAAUAUCGAAAGCUCAAAUCGAUGAACCAUUCGAAGAAGAGGACGAACAUAAUUUGCUCUAUGCGUUGGACAUUGGAGGUAUGAAAAUGACGUGGAAGGAUAUACAACUGGAAUCCGAAGGUGAUGAGGAGUUGUUGGAUGUUCAAACCUCAAUGAAGUCAGGUGUUUGGCCAAAACAACAUUCCCGUUAUGCGGCACAAGCAAAGGAUUUGAGCAGUUUGGGUCCCCUUGUAUUCAAAGAGGACAAAGUUGUGCUACCCCGAAAACUUCGAACACUGGCACUAACAGAAGCCCAUCAAGGACACUUGGGAUGCCCGGCUAUGAAAAGAAUUCUUCGCGACUAUUUUUGGUGGCCAGGACUAAGUGCCGACGUUGAAGAGUUCGUAAAGAAUUGCGUGACAUGUGUCUCCAUUUCGAAAAAGAAUCCACCCAUCCCUCUAUCAAGUCGCCAGCUUCCGGAAGGACCGUGGGAGGUUCUCCAGGUGGAUUUCCUCACUAUCACUGGCUGUGGAUAUGGAGAAUUUAUGGUCCUGGUCGACACUUAUUCUCGCUUCAUCUCUGUAGUAGAGAUGAGACAUAUUGAUGCUAAAACAACUAACGAGGCACUGCAGAAGAUCUUCUUUACUUGGGGGCUUCCACUUGUAUUACAAAGUGACAACGGCCCACCCUUCCAAAGCAGCGAGUUUGUUGAAUUUUGGGAAACAAGAGGCGUGACUGUUAGGAAGUCCAUUCCAUUGUGCCCCCAGACUAACGGAAUGGUAGAACGGCAGAACCAGGGCAUAUUGAAAGCGUUGACGGCAGCGAAACUAGAGGGUACCAGCUGGAAAAAGGGGCUUCAGGAAUACGUACACGUGCACAAUACCCUAAAACCACACGCAAGGCUCUGCAUCACACCGUUCGAACUAUUAGUCGGCUGGAAAUAUCGAGGAUCGUUCCCAGCCCUAUGGAACACCAGGCAGGAUAAAGUCGACCGGGAAGAAGUUCGCGAAAGAGAUUCAACAACGAAAUUCCAAAGCAAAAUCUAUGCUGAUACUCGUCGUGGAGCAAGACCAUCUGAUAUCGCGGUGGGAGAUGUAGUAUUGAUGGCGGUGCCCAAGAAGAACAAGACCGAUCCAGUGUUCAGCACCGAGCACUAUACUGUCUUGUCUAGGGACGGUGCAAAGGUGGUGGUCCGAAGCGACAGAGGAGUACAGUACACUCGCAAUGUUCAAGAUUUUAAACGAUUACCAAUAACCGGCGAAGCAGACGACGACGAUGAACUUCCAAAGGACGCAGUUCCUUUUCCAACGCAGGAUGAAGACAAAUCGACUGAGGGCGUGACGGAACUAGUUUCGAAUGCGGAAAAGCCGGAACAACGGCCAAAACGUACCAUUCGUAGGCCAGAGAGGUUGAAGGAUAUGUUCAUGUACCGCAUUUACCAGUAACGGUUGCGUUCAACGUGCAUCUGCUUUCGUGUCGAAAAUGUGCAAAUUCGAAUAUGGUAUUAGUAUAAUCAUUCUUCAAUAACUCACCUGAGUAGCUGUUGUUCAUUUGAAAUAUCAAACAUCCACCGUCUGGCAACGAUAAAUUCAUCACAGAGAACCUUUGUAGGAGGAUUUUGCCAAUUUUACCAUCGAUGGAAGUAGCGGUAAAAUGUAUGAUAGGUGGGAGAAAUAAACUUUGAACUCAUUCGCACAAAGUGAUUUCUUUAUUUACCAUAAAUCAGGAAACGUCUUCCCAUGGCAGCUCACCUAAAAUUCAAGGUAAUGUAGGUAUUAAAAAAAAAUAAAUGAAGUAGGUAAAUGUUCAAAAAAAAAAACCGGGCCGAUGAGGUCGACGUUCCCAACUUGAUUCUGAGGCUCCUCGUAAGUGCAUCGGUCCCGGCAUUGAAUGAGUGGGUGAUGGCAUGUUUCCCUUUCCCAUGGACGGUAUCGGAGGUCUCGGUACAUCGUUCAGCUGCUUCAGCCUGCAUCUUCGGUAAUGCGACAUCCGGAAUUCGGGCGUGCAAGCCCAUUCUAUCCUUGCGUUCAACUUGCCGGAUGCAGGUUCGGUCUGGCGGAAUAACACAAAAUUGAUUGCGUUCUCUUUUACGGGAGUUCUCCCGAAAACCGUAGCCGUCCGCUUAUGACGUCGCAACUUAACCCGCCAUCGAUCCACCAUUCCUCCAUCACAGGCGUUCAGUCGAUGGGCCACCGCUGAAACUAUUUUAUUUUCCUGGUAUACUGGCAAUGCAUUCAUCGCAUAUAAUGCGCUCUUUUUCAUUGGAUUCCACCUACAAUUUGGGCAUAGUAAAAUGUAAAAAAACGCUUGAAUUUAUUGUCAAAGAACAUUUAUAACUUACAUUUUUUUCGGCUCCAGAUUUUCAGCUGAGAAAUAAUUGCAAUAUUGCUUCCACCGAUGAUUCCGCGCAGCCAUCUUUACGUUUCGAGCAAAUGAGCACAAACCAAAAAUGAAAAAAGGAGCGUUCAAAAUGUAAAAAACAUAAUUGUCAUUCUAGUACUUCACAUUUCUUUGUUCGACUACUGAGAACGGAAUCCUGGUACAGCAAACGUUCGAUAAUACCAUAGAUGUGAAAAAAAAAGUGUACUAAAAAACAAAAACAGCUGACAAAUGCAAGGACAAAUGACAAAUGUGACAAAUAGUAACAAAAUAAAUGUAAAUGAAAAAUUCAUGCUGUCAGUCAUGCUGGCAGUGACUACAAUUUACUUUAAUGGCAAAGUUGGGUUGAGUACGGCUGCUGUAAAGGGUGAACGAAUGGAUUAAAUAAAAAUUAUCUUAAUUCUACACACCAAGAUCGGCUUAGAUGUUAAUCUAUCUAUCUAUCUAUCUAUCUAUCUAUAUUCUAUAUCUAUAUCUA